CUUCCUUUGUCUUCAUUCACUCACUCACUCACUAACUCAAUCAAACACUCCACCAUCCCCACUAACACAACAAACCCAAUCACACAACUUGAGAGAUGGCCAUUGUUGCUCUCUCUCUCCUCCCUUCUUAUUCUCCACCAUUUCUUUCACCUCCUCUCAAAAACCACCAUAACUUUUCACCCAUCAAAAAACUCUCAAUCACUUCCUCUCAAUCACAUCCUCAUAAAAUCUCAUUAAAACGACGUCUCGCAUCGACACAGAUAUCCUCAGGCAGCGGAGAUGGUGGAGGCAUCAGUGGAGGUGGUGGUGGUAGCGGUGGCGGAAAUGAUGGUAAUGGAGAUGCAGAGGAGAGAAACAGAGCAGAGGCAAUUCUUGCCAUUGCAGAGGUGGGAAGGUCAUUGGAUAGCUUGCCUAAAGACUUAGCUGUGGCUGUUGAAGCUGGCCGGAUUCCGGGUUCGAUUCUUCGCCGUUAUCUAGACUUAGAGAAGUCUCCUAUUUUCCGGUGGUUACUUCAGUUUAGUGGGUUUAAAGAGAGGUUGCUUGCUGAUGAUCUUUUCUUGACUAAAGUUGGAAUUGAAUGUGGUAUUGGAAUGUUCACUAAGACAGCUGCAGAGUUGGAGAAACGUAGGGAAAACUUUAAAAAGGAGCUAGACUUUGUCACAGCUGAUGUGAUAAUGGCUCUGGUUGCAGAUUUCUUGCUUGUCUGGCUUCCUGCACCCACCGUAUCCUUGCGACCACCUCUCGCACUCAGUGUAGGACCUGUGGCGCGGUUUUUCUAUGGGUGUCCUGAUAACGCGUUCCAGAUUGCUAUGGCCGGAACUAAAUUUUCAUUGCUACAGAGAGCUGGUGCUCUAAUGCGUAAUGGAGCUAAACUUUUUGCUGUUGGAGCUAGCUCAUCUGUGAUUGGUACAGGAGUGACAAAUAUGUUGAUUAAUGUACGAAAGGCGGUUGAUAAAUCCUCCUCCGCUGAAGCAGAAGACAUUCCAAUGGUGGCAACCAGCAUUGCUUAUGGUGUAUAUUUAUCAGUGUCUGCCAACCUUAGGUACCAGCUGAUAGCAGGAGUCAUUGAACAACGACUGCUCGAGCCAAUGCUACAUAAUCGUAAGCUUCUAUUGAGCGCGAUCUGCUUUGCAGUUCGAACAGGGAAUACAUUUUUGGGGUCAUUGAUGUGGGUGGAUUUUGCUCGUUUCAUCGGAGUUCAAAGGACACGAGCUGAGGCUAAUUAAACUUUAGGCCAUGGAUCAUUUUGAUCAUGAGUUGAGGCUGUUUUUUGCUUAUUUAUUUGUUUUCAAUGGCCUCAUAUAUUGGUGAAUAGUUGUUUCUUCCUCUUUGAUUUCCUGUAAAAUGUAGGAUGCAAUAGGUCAUUUCAGCAUUGUAGUUUUGAUCUAUUCUUGUGUUAGAGAUUAUGCAAGAUAUAUAUGAUUGUAGUCUUAGGGUA